CUUAACGUCACAAAAAUAUCCUGCCCCGUCCCCCCUCUGUUUCACCUUUUUUACCCUUCCCUUCCGAUUUUCACUCUUCUCCCCUCUGUCUGCUUCGUUGUCGACCACCAUACCUUCCAAAAAAACUAUCCGUCUCCCCCCAAAAAAGCUUUCUUACUAUAUAUUCACACUCUCUUCUCCUCUCUCCCCGCUCCCUCCCUCUCUUUAAUACAGACACAACCGUCCUUAUCCUCCGGCCCAGCCAUUCUUCCGUUCGUCGGCCUGCUCUCCCACCCCUAAGAUCCGACAAUGAGAGAAAUCCUGCACAUCCAGGGCGGCCAGUGCGGCAACCAAAUCGGCUCCAAGUUCUGGGAGGUCAUCUGCGACGAGCACGGCGUCGACCCGACGGGAAGGUACAACGGCGACGAGGCCUCCGAUCUCCAGCUCGAGAGGAUCAACGUCUACUACAAUGAGGCGUCCGGCGGCCGCUACGUCCCCCGCGCCGUGCUCAUGGAUCUGGAGCCUGGCACCAUGGACAGCAUCAGAUCUGGUCCUUACGGCCAGAUCUUCCGCCCCGACAACUUCGUCUUCGGGCAGUCCGGCGCCGGGAACAACUGGGCCAAAGGUCAUUACACGGAGGGAGCCGAGCUCAUCGAUUCCGUCCUCGAUGUCGUUCGCAAGGAGGCCGAGAACUGUGAUUGCUUGCAAGGUUUUCAGGUAUGCCAUUCGCUUGGAGGGGGCACAGGUUCUGGCAUGGGAACCCUUUUGAUCUCUAAGAUCAGAGAGGAGUAUCCCGACCGGAUGAUGCUCACAUUCUCGGUCUUCCCUUCGCCCAAGGUCUCAGACACCGUGGUGGAGCCCUACAACGCCACUCUCUCUGUCCAUCAGUUGGUUGAAAAUGCUGACGAAUGCAUGGUCCUUGACAAUGAAGCACUCUAUGACAUCUGCUUCCGAACUCUCAAGCUCAGCACUCCAAGCUUUGGAGAUCUGAACCACUUGAUAUCAGCAACCAUGAGCGGAGUAACAUGCUGUCUCCGUUUCCCUGGUCAGCUCAACUCUGACCUCAGGAAACUUGCUGUGAAUCUCAUCCCAUUCCCUCGUCUCCACUUCUUCAUGGUCGGAUUUGCCCCUCUCACCUCCCGUGGAUCGCAGCAGUACAUCUCCCUCACCGUCCCUGAGCUGACUCAGCAAAUGUGGGAUGCCAAGAACAUGAUGUGCGCUGCCGACCCCCGCCAUGGCCGGUACCUGACUGCCUCAGCCAUGUUCCGUGGCAAGAUGAGCACAAAGGAAGUCGACGAGCAGAUGAUCAACGUCCAGAACAAGAACUCGUCCUACUUCGUUGAGUGGAUCCCCAACAAUGUGAAGUCGUCCGUGUGCGACAUCCCACCCAGAGGGCUGAAGAUGGCUUCCACUUUCGUUGGGAACUCGACUUCCAUCCAGGAGAUGUUCAGGAGGGUGAGUGAGCAGUUCACUGCUAUGUUUAGGAGGAAGGCUUUCUUGCAUUGGUAUACUGGAGAAGGGAUGGACGAGAUGGAGUUCACCGAGGCAGAGAGCAACAUGAAUGAUCUGGUUGCAGAGUACCAGCAGUACCAGGAUGCUACCGCAGAUGAUGAAGGGGAGUAUGAGGAGGAGCCCGAAGAGUAUGAGGGGUAAGAGAAAGGCUGCAACUUUCUCCCAAUGUUCCGUAUGUCUGUGCUUAAUCGCUAGUUUUUGUGUUCUUCUGGUUUGUUCCUUGUUUCUGGGAGGUUUGUGGAUGAUGUUUGAUGGGAAUAAUUUCCGACCAUUAUUUGCUUGAGGGAGUAUGAGAGGAAGGAGGAGGAGCAGUUUCUUUGUUACUUGCUUUUUUCGUAUUCAAUGGUUGAAUUAUUACUUGGUGUAUGUUUCCUUUUUGUGGGCUAUGGUGGAAAUUUUUCUUGGACUAGAAAUUGGGGAUAUGUUUUUGAGGCUGUUGCUGUCAAUCUUUUUUGAGUUCAUGGAGCUCUUCCUCGAUGUCAGGACUUAUCUUCAAUGCAUCCUAAAAGGGGUAUCAAUGCAAAAUCACUUUUCCCGUUUGUAUAUAUACGAGUUGGUAUUUAGAUUGGUCGUUCACCA